AACCCGUACGGUGCUAUGCCGCCGCCGCCAAUGGGGGCGCGGUACUAGCUUUUCGACCCAUUUCUUUCUUUUGUUUUGUUUACGACUUUUCCGUGUCCUCUGGUUUUUUGGGUGGAAGGAGUGAAGAAUUAUUAUUAUGUUGCGAGGCGGAAAUAGGGGCUUGUAUGGUUCUCGGUACCAGAGUAGUGCGGAUAGAGCUGCUCUUUUCUUUGUUCUCGCUUUUGGCUUCAGGCGGCUUUUCUCGUGACUUUAUCAUUCAUUUCCUAUUGUGGCCCUGGCCUACAAGCACAUGGUGGCAUAUUGGGGUCAUGAAUGCACACGGGUCUUCCGGCUCAAACGACAGUAAUGACAUUACGAAUGAUAUAGAAUCAAUGGCAACGGUCUUUUUGUAUAACCUUGUGUGUAUUUUGCCUUUGUUUGGACUGUCUGUGACUGGUAGCGACAUUGGAAUGCUCGGCACCCAUCACUAAUGCUCUCUCGUCUAACCCAGUACCAUGGUAUCGGCAUCACACACUUGUACAUCACGAGGAAUGAAGCCAAACUGCAAUCGGUCGUAUCAAGCGUUAUUUGCUCUAUGUAUAAGCAGGUUUACUCCUAGAAUGAUUC